UGAUAAUUUCCUGUAAUUAUCAUUUCUCCUCCUGACACAAAAACCUUCUCACACAAAAGUGAUGGAGGUCCCGCCUUAAAUGGCACAUUUGGCGAAGGCGAGCUCGCACCGUGGGCCAGGGCUCGCCGCGUCCCUCACUUCCUCUCUUGGCCCCCGGCUGCCAACCACUUCCUGUCUUGGCCCCUCGCGCCUGAACGCCUCGCGGCGAGCACAGUAUGCCUAACGAGGAGGCGUGUCUACAAGGGCAGCGUGAUUACGAGUGCCUCCUCUGAAUGUUCCCCAGGAGGAACACGCCUUCACCUUCAGUUCCGCCGUCAGCCCAGGAAUGUAGGAGGACCCAGAAGUGCUCCCAAGACUUUUUGCUGCAUGCUUUGAGGGGGCAAGAAUACUGCCACCUGCUGGACAAGAUCUUGGUCAGGAGUUAUUGACAUCAUGAGGCACUUUAGGGCGCCUGAAUCUGUUCUCAGUGGUCUCCUGGCGCGUCACGCUCCUCCCUGACUGUGACCGCAAAAACCUUUCCAAGCCAUAAAACCUUUGGGUGACCAAAUCCUCAAGAACUGCACGGCGUCUUAACCAUGUCAGAAUGACGCUUGCUGCCAAUCUCCGACUCCUCGCCCUCCUCUCCCUCCUCGGCGCCCACAUCCCCGCCGCCGCCCCGGACCCCGCCCCGACUCCGCCCGCCCCUCGCUCCAGGAGCAGGGCCAACCCCCCUGAGAGAGUCCCGGAGGAGGCGCCGCCCCGAGCGGCGGCCCAGGUCAUGUUCCCCAAGAACGUGACCUCGGCCGAGGCGCUGGCGCCCCCGCUGGGCGCGGCCCAGGUGUCCCCGCGCCUGAUGGACGUGUGGAUGGACGUGUGCCAGGGCUACUAUGACGUAAUGGGACAGUUCGACAGCGCCUUCAACUGCUCCAAGGACACCUACAUCUACUGCUGCGGGACCUGCCACUACCGCUUCUGCUGCCCGGACCGGAACCGGCAGCUGAAGCAGGACAGCUGCAAGAACUACGACUCCCCCGAGUGGGCCAAGACCGAGUCCCCCGCUUUGGUUCUGGAGGAUGAGCCGGGCUCCGACCCGGACGUGGACCCGCUGAGGCAGCAGAGCCACUACACGGGCUUCGUGAUCGGGGGCGUGGUGGUGUUCAUGGUGGCCGUGGCCGUGGGCAUCAAGGUGGUCUUCAACAAGGUGCAACAGGAAGCCCACCAGCGAGACCUCAACAUGCCCAGGGCCCUGGUGGACAUGUUGCGACACCAGUCCAGUCCGGUCCAGCAGGACGAGAGGAACAACAGCCUGGCCUUGGCUGUGGGGGACGGCCAGGGGACGCUGGGCAGAGCUCCUAAAAACCUCUACACCUCGGGACUUCCCAGCAAGGACAACCGACUGGGGAAUGUUCAGCACAACUUCAUCCACUCGUCAGGAUCCAGCCCCAAACACACGGCGACCAUCGAACGCACGCCUCGCAUGAACAACACUCAGCUGGCGGCGGGGGGCACCCUGCUCUCCAGCAAGCACAACAACACCAAGUCCCAGCCCGCCUUCCACCACUCGCUGCACAACCUCGCUCAGCUGCCGCCCUCCUACGAGAGCGCCACCAAGCCGGAACUCAACAGAUACUCCUCGCUCAAGCGGCUCGAAAAAGGUCUGGACGAGUACUCGUCUGGGUACUGCACCACCAAGCGGCGCCCGCACACCGCCCAGCCGGCACUUCAGUCCUCCCAGCACCACCUCCACUGGGGCGGGGACUACACCCUCGGCGGGAGAGGCACUCUCCCCAGGCAUGCCACCCGACCCUGGAUCCCGCCGCCGCCCUCCGGCAUGCCGGCUUCGCCCACCCCCAAUCCAUACCCGCUGGAUCCCCCGGAGCCCCAGUACAACCCCAAUUACGACACCCUCUCCAAACCUGCGCGGAAGGUGAAGUCCACCGACCAGCUGCUCAACAUGGGGGACGUCCCCGGUAACACUGGAACCUUGUCCCGCAUGUCCAAGAACCAGCAGCACCAGUACUACAAAGCCAUGGUUGCCUCUGGUAAGAACUCCAACACACAGACACUUACCCGCAAGACCCAGGACAGGCCGGACAGGCAGGACCGGCAGGACAGGCAAGACAGGCAAGACAGGCAGGACAGGCAGGACCGGCAGGACAGGCAAGACAGGCAAGACAGGCAAGACAGGCAGGACAGGCAGGACAGGCAGGAACGGUUGCUCAUGUCCCCAGACCACUUGGAGGAGAGGAUGGGCGGGAUGGGGGUGGUCGACCCGUACGCCCACACAGGAGGGGGCGGCGUCCCCACCUUGCCUCGCCAGCAGAAGGCCCAGUCCCAGCAGAACGUGUGCGCCACGCCCUCCCUGGACCGCCACCACAUGAUCAAGAUGAACUCUCACCCGACCUCCGGCAGGGAGCAGGAGAGGAACCCGGGCAUGAGCGGCCACAUUGCCGGGGGGAUGGGCUGGGCAGGGGAGAUGCCCGGGGCGGCGGGCGUCGUCAUGGGGACGGGAACGCUGGGGGGCCACAGCGCCAGGAGGAUGGCCUUCGCGGCUAAGCGGCAGAACACCAUCGAGCAGCUGCACUUCAUCCCGGGAGGGGGCGGUGGCAGCGGCGGCGGGGGAUCGGGGGCCGGCGGAGGGGGCGGCAGUCAGGGGAUCCGGACGGGGAGCAAAAACGAGGUGACGGUGUGAGCGCACCAAGCCAGAAGAUGGACAGCUGCUAGAAGUAGAGUUCUUGUGACGAGGUUUAGGCUCUUCUAAUUAGUGUAGUGACAGCCACCAAUCACGGAGCACCUUUGUGACCACAUCAGCCAUAUUUUCUACGUGAACAUGCCAUUCUUUGCCAUAUGUACGGUACGUACCCACACAUGUACCGUACGUACCCACACAGCAGUGCCGUUACUCGCACCGAGUGGUCGGGAGGAACAAAGCUUGUACACUCGACGCUUUUUGAGAAGGAAAAAGCACUCAGGAGCCAUAUUAGAUAAGAGACAUAUAAAUACACCAACGGACUGACGGAGGGAGGGAGACCACGUGGGUCCUCGUCUCACCGAGCGCAGCCGACUAGUCGCCGGCCAGCCCUCGCCCACACCCAUUUAUUACCGAGACGGAGCUCGUGGGUGAGCAGCAAGACCGGAACCGUCUGACUGAAGACUUUUUGGACUUUGUGGGAGGUAGAGCCUGUGGACGCCCACCGGUCUGACGUUGCCUCCUUCGCCCCAUGUGACCUUAGUCCGCAGGUGGGUGGCGGGGGAAGGGGAGGUCUCACCGCCCUAUUUGAAGCGUCUCCCGCACGGGCUACCAAAUAUCCAAGAGCCAUGAUUCUCCUUAACGACUUCUUUGACGUUCUGUUCGGUUCUAAACUCAGCACAAGGUUGCACGUAGACCCCCGACGCGCCCUGCCAAGCCAUUUUCACGGAUAUACAAAGAGGAAGCUGGUCUGACAAUCACCCGGAGAAGAAGGGAGGCCCUUUCCAGAAGGUCCCCCUGGCACCCGCUCUAUCAUAGACGCUACUAGUGUGACUCUUUGGGCACAUAACCGAUUCGAUUCAGCAAGAUUCUUGAUUCAAACCGAUUUUAAAAUGUUUUAUUGUUAUUGGGAAAAACAUAAAAAAUGUAUAUAUUUUUUAAUUGAUUUUUGAAAAUUACGAAUCGGUUUAGAAUCGGGAAAAUAAGAAUCACCUGUCGGAUGUGAAUCGAUUUUUUGUACACUCCGAAUCAUCUCAAGGCACCUAACGCUUCGAUCUGAUUCCGAUUCCUGGGUUGACAAUUCGAUUCAGCACGAUUCCCCCAUUCAAACCGAUUCUCGAUUCAAACCGGUUCUCGAUUCAAACCGAUUCUCGAUUCAAAACAAUUUUAAAAAAUAUUAUUAUUUGGAAAAACAUAAAAAAGUAAUAUAUUUUUUAAUUGAUUUUUGAAAAUUACGAAACGGUUUACAAUCGGGAAAAUAAGAAUCGCCCGUCGGAUGUGAAUCGAUUUUUUUGUACACUCCGAAUAGGGGAGUUAAUCAUCUGAAGGCACCUAACGAUUCGAUCUGAUUCCGAUUCCUGGGUUGACGAUUUGAUUCAACACGAUUCUCCAUUCAAACCGAUUCUCCAUUCAAACCGAUUCUCGAGUCAAACCAAUUGUCGAUUCAAACCGAUUCUCAAUUUAAACCGAUUCUCG